AUGUAUUGCAACACUAAAAAUACGUAGGGGUUUUUCCAGUUAUGAGAAAUUGCUACAAUUGGAUUGCGCAGGGGAUUUUAGCCUAUGUAACUUGUACUAUAAACACUCACAUCGGUGGCGAGUUGGCGAAAGGGGUUCACUGCUCUUCAUGUUUUAAACGUUGUAUCGUACAAAAUCCAAUUGUUGCCGGCAAUCUUCCACUUAUCAAACAAAGAGGUACGAGUGUACGCAGCAAGCUUUAGUCACAUCUACAGCUUGAGGUAACAGGAGCCCAUUCUCAUCAAGAUGGCCGAAGCUGCACUACCCGCUGAGACCACUUGCAAGAUUAGACAUGUACACAUCGAAUGCCCAAUCUGCCUGAGUCUUUUCACCAAUCCGAAAAUCCUGGACUGUCUGCACAGCUUCUGCUUCAAAUGUCUCCAGGAUCUUGUACACAAACAGGAUCCGAAGGCGGAUAUUAUUAUUUGCCCAAUGUGUAAAAAAGAAACGUCAAUCCCAGAUGAGGGAUUGUCGGAUCUCCUUGGCUGCUUUUUCUUGAGCUCGCUUAUUGAUGACGUCAUCAAUCUGGACGGUCCGAAGGAGGACAUUAAUCCCCCUGUCUCGACUUGCGAUGGAUGCGACGAAGGUGUUGAAGCCGUCUCACGGUGCGUUGACUGUGCUGCAAAUUUCUGCAGGAUAUGUCUGGAACACCACGCGAAGCUAAAAGUUUUCAGUCAUCAUCAAAUCGUUAAUUCUGUCGCAAUGUCAAAUAUUAAGCGAGCCAAAGAUAAGGACAAAACUGAACCACCAAAGUGCCGGAAACACACUGACCAGGAACUCUGUUUCUUUUGCGACACGUGUGAUUUACUCGUGUGUCCUAAAUGUGCGGUGCUCGAUCACCGAGCGUCAAACCACAGUCUCUCUGAGAUCAAUGACUCCAUUCGAUCUUAUCGUCGAGCUGUUGAUGAAGCCUUGCAAAAAUUUGCUGAGGGCCGCAAGCAGUUCCAAAUAGUGGAUGACUCUAUCAAAUACUCACAAAAAUGUUUACAGCUCAUGGUCGACCGGACUCUUCGAGUUAUUGCGGCUAAGGAGGAAGACGAAAUCACUAAGAUAAGAAAAGCAUCUCGCCUCCUUCGAGAAAGAGUCACUCAAAUUGGUCAAGAAAGAGGUGAGGGAUUUGAGAGCACACAGAGCAGCAAUCACGAUAAGAUGAGCCGUGCAGAGCAGAUCGUAGCUUCAGUCAAUGACUUGAUGCAACAUGCUGAUAACUUUGAGCUGCUUGACCUCAAGGUAAAGGUUAUGCACAACUUAGACUACCACAAAGAGCUUCAGUUUCAAACAGUGCAGCAUAGCAAGUCAUUCAUCGGGUUCAAAGGUCACGAUAUCGUCACCGAUGCAGAUCUUGGUGAAAUACUAGAAGAAGAGAAGUGGGAGGUGCGGACAGAGUUUGGUAAAGAAGGGGAAGGUGAUGGGGAGUUCAAAUGGGCAAAUUGUAUUGCUUGCUUUAGCAAUGGUGACAUUGUCGUUACUGAUAUAACUAGGUGGCUGUUAUCGAUAUUAACAUCAAAGGGUACUUACAAAUCUGCAUGUGUUCAAGGAACAGAUGACGGCCAACUAAAAUACCCUUGUUAUGUUACCGUGACCUCUGAUGACCUGCUUCUGGUCACUGAUAGACGUGACGUAAAAUUUUUUGAUAGGGAACUGCGAUAUAUUCGUCAGUUCAGACCCUCACAGAAGGAAGAAGAGAGUCUACUCAGUGGUAUUGCUGUGGACAAAAACAAUCGGAUUGCAGUGGCUGACUGGAAGAGAAAGGUCAUAUCUCUCCAUAAUAUGGAUGGAUCCAUUAUUUCAUCAAUAUAUCAUGAAGAUAUAGGUGAUUCAACCUCUCUAUAUAUAACCAGCAAAGAGCGUCUGAUCUUCGCAGACUACCACAAGAUGAAACUCGUUUUUCUGGAUCUCAUGGGAAACGAGGUGUUCAAUAUCAGCACUUCCAUCGAUGGUAACCCAGUUAACUUUGCUGGUGUGUGCUGCGACGAUGCUGGGGACAUCUACGUGUCUGUUCACUGCGGUGGCUUGGGAACCCGUGAGAUACAUCAUUACGAUGCAUCGGGUGAGCACAUCGGCUGUAUAGCUCGUGGCUUGUACAAUUCAUGUGGUGUGACGUUUACUCCGACCGGUGAUCUCCUCGUGGCUGAUACGCACUCGGUCAAGGUAUUGCAUCGUUUGUGAAGUGUCGAUGACGUCAUGAUCAACUGUGUUUUAAUAUUAAUAUCACGGACUACAAGGACAUUAACAACUGACAAAGAGAAACACUUAUUAAUAAACGAGACUCGGUGAACAACCCAGUCAUUCAUAAGAAUAUGAAUAUUCUAUCACUCGGACGAAUCCAGUUUGCUGCACAGCGCUGGAGAAGACGUCGGACCGGACCAUUUUGCAAACUGACACCAUCUUUAGUUGUUUUGCU